AUGGUGACCACCAGAUCAAGGGCAGCUGCUAUAGCAGCCACGACCCCGUUCAACAACGAGUACGACCAACCAACUUCAAGCGACGAAGGCAGCGGUGACCAGGAGGGAGAUUCGAAGGAGGAGGAAGGGGAAGAUGACGAGGAGGACGAACAAGCGAUCUUCGAGGCCACCUUGGAGUUCGAGGCAACCCUGAUAAACGAGGCAUAUGAUGCAUACAACGACCAACCUGCUUUCUCCUCUUACCUCCUGAUCCUUGAAGAAGCAGACGAUACGCCCCUCGUUUACAUCGGCACCGGGACGGACAAGACCAAGGGCACACAUCAGAGGUUCGCAGAUUACGACAACCGCAAAAAGUUGUCGCAAUUCACAGAGAUCGCCUACCAGGAAGGAUACAGAAUCACACAUAAAAAGAUACUGGUAUCGGCACCAGUGCCGUCAGACUCGCUGCUAGUUCUAUCUGCGCGGUCAUUGUUCCUGGUCCUCGAGACGGCCUUGACAUACAAGCUAUAUGCAUACCAAGAUCGCAAAACCAUCCAUCCGGCAUUCACCAAUGGUAAAUGGGGCGACUCUGUCCCCUACGGGGGCUUGUGCUCCCACGAAGCUUGGAAUGAGGGUACUAGGAGGCCAGAGUGGUUUUAUUCGGGCCUAUCGCCAGGUGACGUUGAAAAGAUCAGACGUCAGAGGAGGAAAGCGCAGCAGGGGAAGCGGCUGGAGAAUGAAAGUCCGGAGGAUCGUGAGGCAAGGCUGGCAAAGGUGAGAAAGUGGCAGCGGGAGCGGAGGGAGAAUGAAAGUCCGGAGGAUCGUGAGGCAAGGCUGGCAAAGGGUAGAAAGUACAAAAAAGAGCGGGCUACCAAAAAAGCCAAAAAGCAGAGGGCUAAGUAA